UACAACUGGACUAUGUUGGAAAGGGCAUUGCAGCUUGUUUUUUUUUCUUUCUCUGGAAAGUGCUUUUAUUUUAAAAUAACUGUAUAUCUUAAAUAAAGGUUAAGUAAAGAUAAACAAACUAAUCCCAGCUUGGCCCAUAGGUGAAGGAUUUACAUAAGCUUUCACGAUCCUGAAAAGGGAAUACAAGGUGCAACCAACAGGGACAUCUGGCCAGGUCAUGCCCCGCUGUCAUGGAGUGUGACAUGGCUGUGUGUAAUUGGGCAGCUGAGAUAGGAAAUGAUUCCAUACCUUAGCUUCCUGUUGUUGAGUUUGGUGCUACUGGACAGGGAAGUGGUUCUUUCCCAGGAGUGCACCAAAAUCAAUGUGAACACCUGUAAAGACUGCAUCACCUCUGGUGCAUUCUGUGCCUGGUGUAAACAAAAGAAUUUUACAAACAAAGGGGAGCAAGAUUCAGCUCGCUGUGACACCAAGGAAGAACUGGAAAAAAGAGGAUGCACAGAGACCAACAUUAUCAAUCCUUCCAGUAUUUUUACUCCAACUGUGGAUAUCCCCCUUAGAAGCGGCAAUCAACCAAUUCAGUUAGCACCGCAGCAAAUACAUCUGGAGCUUAGGCCAGGCAAGCCCACGACUUUCCCUGUGAGGUUCAAGCGUGCUGAGGGAUACCCAGUGGACCUCUACUACCUGAUGGACCUCUCCUACUCCAUGAACGAUGAUCUGAAAAAAGUGAAAGACCUGGGGACAGAUAUACUAAAGGCUCUUAAAGAGAUCACCCCUUAUGCACGAAUAGGGUUUGGCUCUUUCGUGGACAAAACGGUUUUGCCGUACACAGACUCCCGCCCAGAGAAGCUGAAGAAGCCGUGUCCAGAUGCUGAACAGUAUUGCCAGGCAGCGUUUGGUUACCAGCAUGUACUGAGCCUGACGGAUGACGGGUCCAGAUUUCAGCAGGAGGUCUCGGCUCAGUUCAUCUCAGGAAACUUGGACUCACCUGAGGGAGGCCUGGAUGCCAUGAUGCAGGCUGCAGUCUGUGGGGACAAGAUUGGCUGGGGCAACAACACUCGUCUGCUGGUCUACACAUCUGAUGCCGGGUUUCACUUUGCAGGAGAUGGCAAACUUGGUUCUAUUCUGACUCCCAAUGAUGGCAAGUGCCAUUUGGAGGGAAAUCGGUACACCAAAAGCAAUGAAUUGGACUAUCCAUCUGUGGGUGAGCUGGCAGUAAAGUUAGCUGAAAAUAACAUCCAGCCUAUUUUCGCUGUUACCAGUGACAUGAAAUCUGUUUACAAGGAACUGAGUGACAUGAUACCCAAGUCUGCUGUAGGUGAGCUAGCAACAGACUCCAGUAACGUAGUGACUCUCAUCAAGGAUGCCUAUAGUAACCUGUCCUCGACUGUGAUUAUGGAACACAAUAAUCUCCCAGAUGGUGUCACCAUCUCGUAUAUCUCAAACUGUGCUGAUAAGACAAAGACGAAUGAACCCAAGAGAUCAUGCAGCAAUGUGAAAAUCAACCAGGAGAUUUCUUUUGAUGUAACUGUUACUGCAGAAAGGUGCAUGGAACCUCAGUCCUUUGAAAUCAGACCCCUGGGGUUCACAGAGAAGCUGACUGUGAAAAUAAUAACACCUUGCCAGUGUGACUGUGAUGACCAGAGAGAUCCUGCUGACUGCAACACCAAUGGACAUAUUGAGUGUGGAAUCUGCAGCUGUGGCCCCGGUCAUGUUGGGCAGAACUGUGAGUAUCGUGUCGGGGAUAAGACCGAAAAGGAACUGAACCAGGGCUGCAAAAGAGACAAUGGCACCAGCAUCUGUUCAAACCUCGGAGACUGUGUGUGCGGUGUCUGCCAGUGUCACGCCAGCGAAACCCCUGGAAAACAGAUUUAUGGGACAUUCUGUGAAUGUGACAACAUGAACUGUGAACUGAACAACGGCAAGCUCUGUGGAGGACAUGGGAAAUGUGACUGUGGGAAGUGUAUAUGUGAGGAAAACUACCAGGGCAGUGCAUGCCAGUGCUUGAGGUCAGAUGAGGUCUGUAAAAACGCCAAUGGUACUGUGUGCAGCGGGAGGGGCCAAUGUGAGUGCAACGUGUGCAAGUGCAAGCCUGGCUAUCAGCCACCUUUCUGUGGAGAGUGCCCAGCCUGCCCGUCACCUUGUCCAAAAUAUGCGACGUGCAUUGAGUGUUUGGCAUUUGGUACUGGCCCACACCACAGGAACUGCUCAGAGUCAUGCUCAACUAUCAGACCUAUUAUAGUGGACAGACUGGUGGAUAUAAAUGUAUGUAAAGAGAAGGACUUUAAGGACUGCUGGAUGUUUUUCUCUAUGAAGGAAAUGGAUGGGGAGAAUGUCUAUGAAGCUCAAAUCAGCAAGGAACAAGAAUGUCCCAAUAUCCUCUCAGCGGAAUUCCUUGCAGGUGUAAUAGCUGGUGGAGUGCUGUUGGGUGGAUUGGUGGUUUUAUUCCUCUGGAGGGGGGUUGUGGAAGUGCUUGACAGGACACAGAAGUAUCAUAUUGCAUCAGUAACUCAAAUGAAUAUAAGAGAACAACCAGAAAAAGAAUGUUUUACAAGAAGGGAGUCCUUCUCCAAGAGAUCAACAAACUGAAGAGUAUGUGUUCUACUAGCUUUAGCCACUACCUUUAUCACUCUUUAUCUCUAUGGCAAGUAUAUACAAUUUUUACAUUAACUACAUUAAUACAAUACCUUAUUCAACUCAGAAUAUAAUAAAACCGUACAUUAUAAAUAUACACUGAUGAAUAACUUGUUAAUAUAGCUAUUGUACAAGUGUUUUUAAAUGUAGUGUACAUAUCAUUAUUAUCAGAUUUGAAGUUAUAAAUUGUAACUGAGCUGUAAUCUGCAAUACCUUUAUUACCUUGUCAAAAACAAAAUGUAUUCCCUUACAGUGAGCAUACGACCUCAACCAAAAAAACUAUUCAUUAGGUUGUUAUGUGUAACACAGCGGGUAUGUAUUUGGGGAAACGUUUUGUUACAGGAUUUUUUUCCACCACCAUUUUGAAGGCGUAUCCACAUUUCCAAAUCAAAUGAAUUUAUGAGAGUAAAGAACUUUGGCCACAAGUUUUGCAUCACUCUAUAGAAUUAACUACUUUUGCUUCAUAAAGUCGAAUGAAACGUGCUGAAUAAUGUUACGUUAACAUAUUGAAUUACGUACCGCUUAGUAGUUUUCCAUAUACUUAACAAAAAACUGACAGAAGACAUUCUGAAAUCUAACAUGAAACACUGUACUACUAUUAUUACUUUUGUGAUAUCAUUAUGUAGUUUCUUUUAUUAUAUGAGGUUACAUAAAGAUCUAAAUUACGUUAUAUAUAUUUAUUUAAUUUUUUUAUUAGUUUCAAUCCUAAAAUUCUAGGUGAUGCAAAACUUUUGCCCAUAGCAGUAGCAGCAAAAUGGUGCCUUUGUCAAAAAGAUAUAAAGAUGUAAUAUUACCAAAAUGAGAGAAAACCAGUCCUGGAAAGCUGGCCUGGGCAGGCAAAUGUAUUGCAAGUAUUACAGUACCAGUAUUACACACAGGCUUCCCUCCUCCACCCCCACCCCCACCCCCCCAAGAGAUACAACAAAUUGGCAUCCCAUGCAAUUUAAUACUAUAUAGUAAAAUGUGGUGUACUGUAUAUCCUAUCAAGCUAAAAGAAUCAUUUAAAAAACAUUCAUAUUUUUAGGUUUGUUACAAAAGGGACGCUAAAAGAAAUUUGUCAGGUGAAUUUUUGUAUAGUUUCACAUUUCAGAUACGGUAAGCUAACUAACACCAAGCAAUACAUUGAAAGACACCUCAAAUACUUGGCUGUAUAACUAUGACCUAUAAUUAACAUAGUAUAUCAGAGCAUGUGCAUGCUAUCAAGCCUUCUGUACUGAAUUUGAGCGAGCAAGACUCCUUUCAACCGUGCUGCAGUAAGUCAAGGGAAAACAAGCUGUGUAAGCUGUGAAGUGAAUGCUGCAAUUCUCAUAGCACAAACAACACUGCACAAGCUCUGCAAAACUCAGUCUCGUCAUUCCAAUAUGAAACUGGGGCUUUUGCCAGUUUCACUUAUAAUUUCCAUGCAGGCUGCUACCUUAAGUUAUGUAACACCUCCCUUGCAUGGGGCGUACAGAAAUAGCACACAUGCCUUAAAUGUCACAGAAUGUAGAGUGACUACGCCAGUUCAAUGCGAUGAGGCGCAGAACAAAUGAUAGGAUACCUUCAGGUUCUUUUUGUUCAGACAACAGAUCUAAAAUGGCAGGAACAAGGUCGCCAAGAAAAUCACACAAAUAAAUUCAGUAGAAGUGUGUUUAUUGUAAAAAUCCAGUAAUAGCAACACGUUAUUGAAAAGGUACUUGUUUUCCAUUCACCUGUAAAUAGGUAGCGAGACUUCAAACAGGUAAUAACAAGGUUCAUAUUAACUGAAAUCAUGAUGUAUUUAGCAACAUGCAAGUGCAUUAAUGCUGCUACCCAGCAAAUAGAGGGAAUAUACAUGUUCAUAACACGGAAAAACAGUGAAUUCCGGUCGGCUACUGACAGGCUAAAAACACUCAAGUCGCUCAUGUUCAUUAUUCAACACCGGCAUACAAUCAGCCCAUACUUAAUGUCGGGAAACUCCGUUUACUAGUCCAUUUCACUCUCUUACUCGCCAUUCCAAACUCCAAAUGAUGUGUUCCCACUCCUGCACAGACAGACACAAACCCCAGGAUGGCCAUCCCUUUUGCAAGAGAUGUGUGCUAUUUAUAUUCAGGUGCGUACAUUUAUCAAUGAUUCAGUUAGUCAGUAGCCAAUAAGGCAGAUCGAGGGAAACAAGUGGAGAAGCCAACAGAACGUGAUACAAAUCAAUUAUAAAGUGUCAACAUAAAACGUGGACUAAUCAAAUCAAUGGAUACAAUUAUAAUAAUAAUAAUAUCAUACAAGUGUAAAAUAAAUGUGAACAGGGCAUUCUUGACCCUGUUACAGUUACACAAAGGUCAAAGCCUAUAUGUGUAACGGUUUUUGUAGAGUUGCUUUGACAACAUAAUUCAUUGACAGUCACUUGAUGCACCUAAUCACGAUUCUCACUCAAGAGUUAACUAGGUAACUUUUACAAAAGGUAGCUGCUCAGGUUGCUAGACUAGCAGUGCAACUGUGUAAUCUUGGAUGAAUGAACUCAAUGGCCUAUUGGUUUCAGACAUGUUUUAUUUUUGUAUUUUUAGACACUAUUAAACGUCAUUUUUAAAUGUUGGUAAAAUUCCUACCACAAUAGUAAUUGUAUACAUUAAAUACCGAGGUGCCUUUUCAAGACCGCUGGGGUUGUGAGCUGAGGUCAGAAGCACAUUUUUCGGUUGUCAUCUCAUGCCUAACCAGAAAUCCUGCAGUACUGGCAGUGAGGAAGAAUAGGCAUUUUGCAUAAUAUAGUUAUUCAUUCUUUAUGUUACAGUAAUAAUAAAAAAAACACUUCCAAACAUGCGUUUGAAUUAUUAAAAAAUACAAACCAAUCCCUUAAAUUAUUUCUGUAUAUUGUGGUAGCAUGUUUAUCAAAAAUACCCAGUCAUUAAAUUCAUUUUCUAAAUUAAAAAUCUGGAUGUCUAAUAAUGUGAAUGAGAAGAUAAAAUCCCUAAAAAUUGUAAAAUCUGCCAAUGGCACAAGUAAAUAUGUAUCUGUUAUAUACAAGACAUAUUUGUUUUUAAUGUACACGUGGUAUAGAGCUCUAGUCACUAUUCUUGUUCACAUUGUAUUGGUUUAUUAAUUUCUUUUCACUAUUACUCUUUGGUCCAUUGUCCAUUCUACUAUAUAGUGAUAGUACUGCUGCAAGAUUUUAUACUGAUUGAGAUAUUUACCUCAUUCUUGAUUGAUAUCUACCUAUGUAAUUGCAAAAUUUGUUAUUGGUACCAAUUGAACUAAUUGACUUUGGAUUGUUUAUUUGUACUGACUACCAGUAUAUGUACAACCCAAUCCUUGUUGCUUUGUGUGCUGUUAAAAUAAAUCAAUUUUAAUAAAUAAUUUUGUUAUUACAACUUUA